UCCAUAUGUGCCUAAUGGACAGCCGGAAAAUGAUGCUGGAAACAUCCUUCGGCAAUAGGCCGGCGACCAUAGAGGCACCUAAGAAGCCGGCAAAGAACAGCUACGCUCUCGUUUGCUCCCUGCUUGCUUCCAUGACCUCCAUCGUUCUCGGCUAUGGUCAGCAAGCCGAUUCUCCCUCAUAUCUAUUUAAUUAUGUGUUAAAAAAUAUAAACUUUUUCGAUAUUUCGGAUUCAUAACAUAAAAGAUUGAGCUUGUCGAUCUUGCAGACUUGGCGGUGAUGACCGGAGCAUCCAUAUUCAUCCAGGACGAUCUAGAGAUCAGCGACACAGAGUUAGAGAUCCUCGCCGGCAUCAUUAGCUUCUACUCCGUGAUCGGCUCUCUCGCCGCCGGCCGCACCUCCGACUGGCUCGGCCGUCGCUACACCAUGGCUUUGGCUGCUGCCAUCUUCUUCGCCGGAUCCAUUCUAAUGGGUUUCGCCACAAACUACGCCUUCCUAAUGUGCGGCCGCUUCGUCGCCGGUAUCGGCGUCGGCUACGCUCUCAUGAUUGCGCCAGUCUACACCGCCGAAGUCGCGCCUUCCUCAGCCCGCGGGUUUCUUGCCUCCUUCUCCGAAAUCUUCAUCAACAUCGGCGUCCUCUUCGGCUUCAUCUCCAACUUUGUCUUCGCAGGUCUGCCGGAACACAUCAGCUGGCGCGUGAUGUUCCUUAUCGGUGCCGUUCCGCCAAUCCUCAUCUUCGCCGGAGUCCUCAUCCUGAUGCCGGAGUCUCCCCGCUGGCUCGUGAUGCAGGGCCGCCUUGAUGAAGCCGCCGCCGUUCUGGCCAAGACCUCCGACUCCCCCGAAGAAGCGGCACUCCGCUUCGAAGAGAUCAAAUCGGCAGCUGCUGAUGAGGAACGCGGCCACGAGGAAGGCGUGUGGAGAGAGCUUCUUGUCCGUCCGACCCCCGUGGUCCGCCGCAUAGUGAUCGCAGCGGUGGGUAUCCAUUUCUUUCAGCAAGCCUCCGGCAUGGACACGGUGGGCCUCUACAGCCCGAGGAUAUUCGAGAAGGCAGGGAUCACUAGCAGGAACAAGAAGCUGGGAGCAAGUGUGGCGAUGGGAUUUAUCAAAACCAUAUUUAUACUGGUCGCCACGUUCUUUCUAGACAGAGUUGGGCGCAGGCCUCUGCUUUUAACCAGCGCAGGGGGGAUAAUACUUUCAUUCCUUGCACUUGCGUCCGCGUUGCUAGUAAUCGACCGGCAGGCGGAGGGCGAGAAGUCGAAGGCGGCGCUGGGGGUGACUAUCGCGGCGGUGCUAUCAUUAAUGGCGACGUACUCUAUAGGAUUGGGGCCGAUCACUUGGGUAUAUAGUUCGGAGAUAUUUCCGUUGAGAUUGAGAGCGCAGGGGGUGAGUUUGGGGGCGGGGACGAACAGGGUGAUAAGUGGGGUGUUGACAAUGUCCUUCAUUUCGCUGUAUAAGGCCAUAAGCAUAUCGGGGGCUUUCUUCCUCGAUGCUGGGAUAGCUCUGAUCGGUUGGUUUUUCUUCUAUUUUUUCUUGCCGGAGACGAAAGGGAGGAGCUUGGAGGAGAUGGAGAAGUUGUUUGAGCAGAAAGAGAAGCAAGUAGGGAAGGUUGAGGCUUUAGUUGAGAAUGUAACUCCUAUAAUUUUAAGAACUGACCAGGAAACGUAAAAAGGCAAAUUUUAGUCCUUUAAAACAGAAAAAAGUAUAAAGCUCAACGGUAGUAUUGGAGGAAAAUUCGAAGAUCAAUCGGAAUGCAUCAUGUCACUCUACGUCAAUUUGUUCCUGACCUCUGAAAGCAUAUUCAUGGCAGACCAGUCAUAUGUUGCUCUAUUUUUGCAUGUAGAAAAGAUAGCAACAUCAAUAAUUUGAUUAGCUAUUUUUGGGUAAACAAUGUUGAACAUAUGAACAAUUAUUA